AUGCACUGCAGGUGCAAAGAGGAAUCGGGGCUGGACUCGGAUCACCCGUCAUCUGUCGUGGAUCGACGUGACCGUGAGCUUGCGAUGCCACGAGACAGAUGUCCCCACAGGCGCAAGCACUUUACAACCGACGGAGUCGUUCCCGGGUCUUCAGGCUUUGAAGGUCAGCGUCGUUCCAAGCCGAUCGUCGGGCUUCCCCCUGUCUCAGGGGCAGAUUUAGCUGCCGACUCGCUUCUCCCCUUCCCCUUGGAUUGGAGCGGGGGACUGGCAUGUCUGCCUCGCAGUCCCAGCCCUGACAACAUGGCGUCUCCCGAGUAUAUCGACGGCGUGGAUAUCAAACAAGAAAUUCAGGAAGUGGAAAUCGAAGCCAUUCCUGUGGAUGUGCCAGUGGAAACUGUGGACUCAGCCAUCGAAUAUAUAGAUGGCCAACCUAUCAUCGCGUUACAGGACAUCGAUGCCGUGGGAGAUGAAGUGGUUCAGGAAGAAGUGGUUGUGGGAGAUGACUCGGACCCCCUCGGCUACGAUGAAAUCCCAGUGCCAGUUGAAGGAGAGAUCGAAAUCCCGCACCCUUCGAGCAUCUUUCCGAUUACAGCUCCCUCAACUUCGGUUCGAAAAAGCGCUUCGAGGAAAUCGACGAGCCGGCGGUCGAGAGCGAAAGUCGUUGACGACGACGCCAGCGGUAGGAAAUGGGCUCAAAAGCAAGUUCAAAUCAAGACCUUGGAAGGGGAAUUCUCGGUGACAAUGUGGUCGUCAGGUGCCGAAGCGGAAGCCGAUUUGGAAGAUGGACCAAAGCCAGUGCUGGGUAGUGAAGUGGAGGAAGUGGUUACAUGCAUUGAUCCAGACCCUGACUACACUGAGUACAUGAUUGGGAAGAAAAUCCCUCCAGAAGGGAUUCCUGGAAUUGAUCUCAGUGAUCCAAAGCAGUUGGCUGAAUUUGCUCGGAUCAGACCAAGGAGGAUCAUUCAUGAUGACAUCACUCGAAGCAUUGCUUGCCCUCAUAAGUGCACAUUUGAAGGCUGUGGGAAGAGAUUCUCAUUAGACUUCAAUCUCCGCACCCAUGUACGUAUUCACACUGGAGAUCGGCCAUAUGUCUGUCCAUUUGAUGGCUGUACAAAGAAGUUUGCCCAGUCAACUAACCUCAAGUCUCAUAUCCUCACACAUGCAAAAGCCAAGAAUCGUACACAGUUGGCUCUACACCAGCAGCAGCAACAACUGGCAAUCCAACAGUUGGAGCAACUCCAGGGGGCCCAGUUCGUCCAGGUGGAAAUGGGCUCUCCCGAUGAACAACAAUUCAUUGUGUACACAGACUGAAAAAUGUCACUCAUGUCAGGGCCUAUUCUUUUCUCAGCUUGUUAUCAUGCUUUCCCUGUUGGGGGACUGUUCAGUUACUUGCUUUUACUUCAGUGUCUCACCCAUCUGUGGAAUGCACAUGCUAGAGGAUCCUUCCAUGAAGGAACCUCAAUGCUUCGGUUAUGCAAGUUGAAAUCGUCUGAGUUCUUCCCAGUAUUGGAGAAGUUGAUCUCAAGAUAGGCUGGUAGUUCCCAGCUUCAUUGUGGAAGCAAGAGAAGCAUCUUAUAAACCAUACCUCGUUGUUUGAUCAUUGCCUGAGACAUAGUUGAGGGAAAUUCUUCCUUCACAUGGUUUGUUUGAAGAUUGAGUUAGAGAGAUCUGGAUCUUUUUGAUGUAAGUGCCCUGAUGUGAUUGUAUUCUUGUGAUAUACUCAUGCCAGGAGAAAAUUGUCUGUGGGAACCUCUCAUUGAGUACAGUUGAUUCCUUCU